UUCCCUCACAUCGCUUCUUCCUUGCACUUCCGCCAUUGGUCUAUCUGCGAUCUGUGAGGUGGUGGGAGCUGCAGGCGGACUCGGGAGGCCCAGGAACCAGAAAUGGACUUGGUGGCCUUUGAGGAUGUUAAUGUGGAGUUCACCAUGGAGGAGUGGGCUUUCCUGGAUCCGACCCAGAAGAAACUCUACGCAGAUGUGAUGCUGGAAACCUUCUGGAACCUGGCAUCAGUAGCAUGUAUUUUAGAAGAAAAAUGUGAAGGUCCUGACAGUGAAGAUCAGUAUGAAAAUCAUGGUAUGAGUCUUAGCAGUCAUAUGGUAGAGAGACUGUGUAAAUGGAAAUAUGGUUGUCAAUUCAGAGAAAACCUCAGCCAGAUUCCAAAUCAUAAUGAGAAGAAGGCAACUCCUACUGAAAUAAAACAACCUAAAUCCAGGUUGUGUAGGCAAAUCUUCAUGCAUUAUUUAUCCUUGAAUAACCACCUGAGCUCUCACAUUGGAUCCAAACUACACCUGUGUCAGGAAUAUGAAGAAAACCCUUAUAAAUGUAUGGAACCUGAGAAAGCUUUCAAGCCUCACCAACAUAUUCAAAGACUUGAAGGCAGCCCCAGUGAGAAAUCUUUCCACUAUUCAACUUCCCAUAGAAAUCAUGAAAGAACGCAUAUUGCUGGGAAACCGUUUGAGUGUAAGCAAUGUGGGAAAGGCUUUAGUCAUCUCAGUUACUUUAAACUUCACAAAAAUACUCAUACUGGAGAGAAACCAUAUCAAAGUAAGCAACGUGGCAAAGCUUUCAGUUCUCCCAAGUACUCUCAAGAAAAUGAAAGCACACACUCGGGAGAAAAGCCCAAUCAGUGUAAGAAAUCUGGAAAAGCUUUCGGUUCCACUUCUCUUAGAAAUUCUGAGAGAACUCAUACUGGUGAGAAACCUUAUAAAUGUAUGCAAUGUGGUAAAGUUUUCUCUCAUUCAGCUACUCUCCAAAAGCAUAAAAUCAUUCAUACUGGGGGAAAAUCCUAUAAAUGUCAGUAUUGUUAUAAAGAUUUAUCUAAUCGAACUUCCCUCCUACGUCAUGAAAGAAUUCAUAAUGGGGAAAAACCCUAUAAAUGUCAGCAUUGUGGCAAAGCUUACUGUGAUCGAGGUGCCCUCUGUCGUCAUGAAAGAACUCAUACUGGGGUAAAACCCUAUGAAUGUAAGCAUUGUGGUAAAGGUUUCAAUUAUCCAUCUUCUCUCCAAGAACAUGAAAGAAUUCAUUCUGGGGAAAAACCCUAUGAAUGUAAGUAUUGUGGAAAAGCCUACAGUUAUCCACAGUCCUGUCAAAGGCAUGAAAGUACACACACUGGCAAAAAGCCCCAUGUAUGUCAGAAAUGUGGUAAGGCUUUCAGUUUUUCUGCAUAUCUUAGAGAUCAUGAAGCAGUACAUACUGGGGAGAAACCUUAUGACUGUAAGCAAUGUGGGAGAGCUUUCAGGUAUACCAGUUCUCUUCGAUAGCAUAAAAGAAUGCAUAAUCGGGAGAACCCCGACAAAUGUAAGGAAUAUGGAAACCAUGAAAAAUUUCAUCCUUGGGGAAAACCCUAUGAAUGUAUCCAUUGCGGUAAAACUCUCUCUUCUCUAAGAUCCCUCCAAUAUCAUGAAAGAACACACACUGGAAAAAAGCCCCAUGUAUGUCAGAAAUGUGGUAAGGCUUACAGCCAUUCUGCAACUCUUAAAGAUCAUAAAACAAUACAUACUGGGGAGAAACGCUAUGACUGUAAGCAAUGUGGGAGAGCUUUUAGAUAUUCCAGUUCUCUUAGAAAUCAUAAAAGAAUGCAUACUGGGGAGAAACUCUACAAAUGUAAGGAAUGUGAGAAAGCCUUCUAUUCUGCCAGAUGUCUCAGUGGCCAUAAAGUAUCUCAUCAUGGAAAAAAGCCUCAUGAAUGUAAGGAAUGUGGUAAAACUUUCCUUUAUCCCUAUUUGCUUAGAAAUCAUGAAAAACGUCAUGCUUAGGGAAAACCCUAUGAAUGUAACCAUUGUGAUAAAGCUUUCUCUUAUCCAAGUUCCCUCUAACAUCAUGAAAUAACUCAUAAUAAGGAAAAACCCUAUGACUGUAAACCAUGGGCCAAACUCUUUAUUCAUCCCAGUUCCCUUCAAAAUCACAAAAACACUAAUAGUGGAGAGAUAUCAAAAUGCAUGAAAGAACUCACACUGAAAAUAAGCCCUAUUGUUUAAAGAUUGUAGAAAAGCCUCUGACCAUCCUAGUUUAUUUCCUUUUUUUUUUUUAAUACUCACCUGAGGAUAUUUUUUCAUUGAGAGAGUGGAAGUCAGAGAGAAAGACAGUUCCAGGAUACACUCUGGUUACCCAGACUCAUACAGGGAAAAACUGGACUGUCUGGCAUUGGGUCAGAACGUGAGGGCUACUUUCUCUGAGUUGCUCCCAGUGAUCAUUGUUCCUGUGGGGGUGGGGAGGGGGCGGCGCGGGAUGUGGAGAUGCGGGGACCUCUCCGGUGUAGAGCUGACUGGCAGCUAUUGCUGUUUGCUCCGCCCUUGUGAUUCCCUGAGUACUCACGCCACCCAAGUUACAACCCCACCCAAGCUGUGCGCUGUGGCUUUUGCCUAUGAAUUGCCUGUCUUUUCUCAGCCUGGAACCUAUCAAAGGGCAGCUGGGUGAGA